CCGCUGGCACAUCCGCGUUCACAGUAUACAGUGACAGGACAGGUUGCUGGCUUGCCAGAGAGCAAGAUGGAGGAGGCGGGCGACACCGUAUCCCCAACUAAUGGUCCUGGUGGUGAUGCACCGAGCGAGUCGGUACCGGCACCCGCAGUAUCGCCGGCAACGGAGGAGCCAGUGUGCGAAACGAAACGUAAAAUUGAUGUUCUGCUCAAGGCUGUUGGAGACACACCAAUAAUGAAAACCAAAAAGUGGACUAUUGAGAGGAAUCGCACUAUACAAGGUCUAAUGGACUUCAUCAAAAAGUACCUGAAGCUAGAUACAUCGGAGCAGAUGUUUAUCUAUGUGAAUCAGUCAUUUGCUCCAUCACCUGACCAAGAAGUUGGCAUCUUAUAUGAGUGCUUUGGCAGCGAUGGGAAACUUGUUCUACAUUACUGCAAAUCACAAGCUUGGGGAUGAAGGUGCUAGACUUGCAGCUCUUCUGAUGGAAGAGAAUGUUUAUGAACAUAUUGGGCAAUACUGGGCCCUACCACUUGUCUCGGUUGGAAUCGGCAUCUCUGCAGUAGCAGUCUUGGAGAUCCUGACUACUGUGGCCGUACCAGUUUUUGGCUACAAACAUAUACUGAACUGUACAACGCUGGUAGAGAAACAAUUUGCAUACAGAUGCGGACUCCAGUCUUGCAUGCCAAGUUACAUUUUUCCAAUCCUUUAUAUCAUUUUAAUAGGUCUUUUUAUUUUUUCAUGCUAUAAGGACUAUCCAGCUAUUUGCUUUGUGGCUGAUUCCUAACAUUACUGUGCAAUAGUUGCAUAUUGCCACCUCCCUAUACAUAGUUCUGACCUUUACAUGGGAAAAACAGAAUUAAAGUGCCAUUUACAUAUGUGAAGUUCAUCUAGCUAGUAAAUUCAUUCUUCUUUCCUUACUAAAUGUCAUUAUAUUGCGUCUUUUAAUGUUUGUUUUGAUCAUUUAUAUUUUGAUGUCAAUUGAAAGACAACAAUAGGUUUACACAUUUAUUGCAGAAAUACGUUUUGGAUUUGCUCAUUAUGUAAUACCAAUCACCUACUAGCAUUGGGAGUCAUUCCGAGUUGAUCGCUAGCUGAAUUUGUUCGCAGCGCAGUGUUCAGGCUAAAAAAACGGCAGUUCUGCACAUGCGGCGCAAUGCGCACGCGCGACGUAUGGGCACAACGAAUGAUGUAGUUUUGCACAGAGUCUAGCGAUGCAUUUCAGUCGCACUGCUUGCUGCAAAGUGAUUGACAUGAAGUGGGCGUUUCUGGUUGGCAACUGACCGUUUUCAGGGAGUGUGCGGAAAAACGCAGGCGUGCACGCUGGGUGGGUUUGUGACGUCAAAUCCGGAACUGAAUAGUCUGAAGUGAUCGCAAGCGCUGAGUAUGUUUUGAGCUACUCUGAAACUACACACACAAUUUUUGCAGGCGCUCUGCGAUACAACCGUUCGCACUUCUGCUAAGCUAAAAUACACUCCCAGUGGGCGGCGGCAUAGCGUUUGCACGGCUGAUAAAAACAGCUAGUGAACGAUCAACUCAGAAUGACCCCCAUAGUCUGAGUUAAUUGACCAAAUCAAGAGAGAAUAAUCCAAAUCGUUCCAAAAUCUUUUUAUAAUACUAAUAAGAAAAAUGAAUAAAAAUGCUUAUGAACCUGUAACAUUCUUACAUUAAGUAAAAUACCGCCAUUAAUAGGCUUUCCUCCAUAAAUCUGUAUAAUACGGUAUCAUAAUACAUAAUAAUAAAGGGACUUGUAGUAAUAAUAAUAAUAUAUGUACCUUAAUUAUGGCUCACAAUCCCUCCUCCUGGUCACAAUAAAAAUAAAACAUUCUGACAAAGAAAAGGAGCUGCAGCAAGAUACCCAAUAAAAAUGUUAAUUAUUGUAAUAGCGUCCCAAUAAUAUCUAUAGACAUUUCAAUGUGGUUGUUUGUAUCCAUAUAUUAUACACACAUUGCUUGUAAGCAUCAUGAAGAGCUGGUCACGGAUGUGAAACGUAAAAAAAACUGUUCUGUUCUGCUUUAAAAUACUAAUUACUUAUGGAGUAAAGUACUGUUUCUAAUCAGACCAAACACUCAAAAUGUUGUGAGGUUAAAACUUUGGGAAACGAGUCCUAUUACAAGAUCAUGAUUGACAGACAUCACGACCCACUGUCACAUAAGUAAGCCUAUUUAUAUAGUUUUGCCUACAACAUGGUUAACCUAUAAUAAAACUGAUGGGCAGUCUUGGAUA